GUCAUCUGAAGCGGACAUAUUCGGGUUUGUCCGCGUGGGCUCCUGUCUCGGGUCGUGAUGUCUGUCGUGGGUUUCAGCGGAGAGUGGAUUCUCUCCACGCGAGGCAGCAGACUGGUGGCGGUGCACAUCAAAGAGUCCAACAGAGAACCGUACGUGUUUGAAUGCAGCAGCGCCGACAAGAAGCCAAAGCCCACCAAGGCCGAAAACGACAGUGAUGGUGGUUCCUCUGAGGAGGCAGGAAGUGACAACAUCCUGGCCCUGGUGGUGUCGCCUUCUGGGAAACUGGUGGCGCUGACGGACGACAACAAGAGGCUGCUGGUGUUCCAGCGAGAUCCGUGGCGCUGCAUCAGCACCAGGUGGGUGGUGCGGCGCUGUGUGUCCCUGGCCUUCAGCCCGACGGAAGAGGAGCUGCUGGUCGCCGACAAGUCCGGAGACGUAUACAGCUUCUCAUUGGCUGAGCCCGAGGGGGCGGGGCUUCUGAAGAUGGGCCACCUGUCCAUGCUGUUGGCUGUGUUAGUUUCACCGGACAACAAGUACAUCAUCACUGCAGACCGAGAUGAGAAGAUCAGAGUGAGCCAUCACCAGAGUCCGUACAACAUCCAGUCCUUCUGUCUGGGACACCGCCAGUUCGUCAGCGCUCUGCAUAUCCCGUCAGGACAUCCAAGCUGGCUUCUGUCUGGAUCAGGGGACGGAACCCUGAAGCUUUGGGAGUACAAGUCUGGCAAUCUGCUGCAGAGCUGUGACCUUCGACAGCUGGACCAGACCCUCAACUCUGAGACCGACCCAAACUUGGACAAAGACGAAGUCCAGAACCACAACCCGGGUUCAGUGAAGCAGAAUGCAACUGUGUGCCGUAUUAUCAGCUCCCCUGAUGGUCACCACGUGGCUGCGCUGUGUGAAAGAGUUUCUGCAGUUCAGUUCUUCACUCUGGACCCAGAUGGAGAACUUAAGCUGGUCCCUCACAGUCAGUUGCACCUCUCCCAACCCCCCCUGGACAUGGCCUUCAACCCAGAUGGACAGCUGUGGAUAUUGAUGGAGUCCAGGGAUGUUCCAGUUCAAGUAUUCACACUCAGACAGAGCUGUUGGCAGCGUGCUGCGGACCAGCCUGAACUCAGCAGAGUGACUGACGGUCUAACACCACACUGGAAUGCACUUGAGGCAGCUAUGAGGACGACCAACCACUUCCAGCAUCUGUUCAAGUUGAGCUACGACAACAUCACGCCAUACCUGCAGAAGAAGCAGCAGCGGCUGGAGGAGCAGCAGAUGAAGAGGACCAAGGUCCAGGAGGACGGUGGCAAGAGGACUAAUGUCCAGGAGGAGCAACAGAUGAAGAGGACCAAGGUCCAGGAGGAGGACGGUGGCAAGAGGCUCAGGACAGAGCCUUUAUCCUGAGGAGCAGCAGAUGAAGAUGACCAAGGUCCAGGAGGAGCAGCAGAUGAAGAGGACCAAGGUCCUCCAUCCUGAGGGGGGUGUUCUCCUUUAAAAUGUGUUUGAUGGAGAGGAGCUAAAGGCUGUGUCGAUGAAGAUUUAAAGGUUCAACGUGGCGUUUUUGUUUGAUUUUAUUAUUAUUGAUAAAAACAUUGGCUGAUGUUUUGCAGUUCCUGCUGCUUCAGGGAGUUUUUGUUUGAUAAAUAAUAUAAUAAAAAUGGAUGUUCUCCAUCUGAGAUUUUAUUUUCCUAAAUACUAAGAGCCACUACCAUCAGAUGGUGUUAAUAUUAAAAGAAGGGUACUAACUUUUGAACUAAGAGGAUUUGGUUUUCCGUGGAGACGACCAGGAGCUCCGUAUAGCUGCAGCAGUGCAAAUGCUGACAGGAAUCAGCAAAGAAGAACUAACUUCCAGUUUGGGUUAAGAAGGCCA